AUGAACGCUGCUACUCAGAGUCAGGCCUUGGUCAAGGCGGAACCACGGCAACAAACGCCUCCCAGAGUCAUUCCGGCGCGACCACAGGGACAGCAACCGGAAACCACCAACACUACUAAUGCAUCCGCCAAUGGCGCCUCCUCCAACCGAGACAUGCAGGCCUUCAUGGCCGUGGUGCAACGGAUCUUUCUGCAUUAUCAACAGCAAAUGAUGAGGCAGCAAUCCUCACUAAGCCAAGUCUAUGCCUCUGCCAAUGGCGCCUCCUGCAACCGAGACCUGCAGGUCUUCAUGGCUGUGGCGCAACGGAUCUUUCUGCAAUAUCAACAACACGGGAUGAGGCAGCAAUCCUCAAGAAGCCAAGUCUCACAGGGACAGCAACCACAAACUACCAACAGAUCUACCAACAACACCAAUAAUGCCUCUGCCAAUGACGCCUCCUCUGACCUAGCGCUGCGGGUCCUGUCGGCCAUGCAACAGGCCUUGCGAGAACUUCUGAUGAGCUGGCAAUCCUCGGAAAGCCAAGUCUCACAGACAGCCGGCUGGCAAAGCUCAGAGAGAGUAGUCAAUGGGCAGGCCCCUGUCCCGGCUCCAACUUCGACUCGAGAUCCAGCCCUGUCCACUGCCACAGAAGUCCCAAAUGCAUCCCCUCCCACAACUGCAGCACGAGCUCCAGCCUUAGCGCCAGCUCCAAGUCGUCCGCCAGCCCCGGCUUCCGGUCCGGCUCCACGGGCACCGGUACUGGCCGCUCCUGCUCCUGCUCCCGUUCGUGCUCCCGCUCCUGCUCCCGCCCUAGCUCGGGCCCCGGCAAGGGCUCCAGGCCGGCUCCGACCCCACCCCAAAAACACCAGAAAUGGCAUCUCGGCACGACUUGACUCCAGGGCCGACCAAAGGCGGUCCAGAAGACAAGCCAGAGCCCGUAGACAAGCCUUGAGGCGAGUUUGGGAACAUGAUCUUCCAACGCGUGAGGCCACGCAAUACGGAGAGGAACUCAUUACCCUUAAUGGCAUGCUGACUGCUGUGUUUACUAACGGCCGGGGGGUUGAGCAUUACUUCCGACCGCACGGCGAGAACGAGGGCAUGUCGCUCGAGGAUGGCUCGCUUGCGAAUUACAUGCUUCAGGAGCUUUUCCCUCACGACCCUCCUGGCAGUAAGAGGCCGAUAAUCCGAAGGUCUCGGGCAAGUUGA